GUGCCAUAGGUGGCGCCACCUACACAUCGGUCUGCCUUUAUAACUUAUAAAUAUUGUGGACGAAGAACUCAACACGCUAAAGGUUACUGACAGAGUCUUCAACAUGCAGGGUUUGCUGGUAGAGGCGCUUGCUCUGCGGCAGUUGGGAAGACUCAACCCGCGGCAACUUCUCACACCCGGAUACGGAUUCAAACAGACAACCUGGUGCCCAAGGAUCAUGUACACACGCCAGCUUUGGGGAUCGUCCGUUUGUUUCACGUUAGGCUCUCACAGGCCAGUUGUCCGUGGCAGAGACUCCGUGCGAAACUGGUCAUUGCACCAGUUGAGGUUCAAAAGCAACAAAAAGAAAGGCUUAGCAAAGGUUCUGGAGGAGGAGGAGGAGGAGGAGGAGGAGGAGGAGCGGGACACGGAGGACACUGACUCUGAGGAUGAGAUUGAAGAAGACCCAAACCUGCCUAAGGACUAUAAGGAUUUAGAAAAGUUUGUACAGUCUUAUCGCUACGAUGUUAUCCUGAAGUCUGGAUUGGAUAUGGCUCGCAAUAAAAUUGAAGAUGCUUUCUACAACAACAAGCUUCGACUGAAUGGGCAGAAGCUCAUCAAGAAAAGUAAAUCGGUGAAAGUUGGAGACACUCUGGACAUGGUAGUGUCUGAAAGCGGUGAAGGAAACACUGUUACUCUGAUGAGAGUAAUCCUUAAGAAGGAAUUGGGUGAAUCCAACGAUGGAGAGAAGUACAAAGUGGCCCUGAGACGCUGGAAGAGUUUAGAGCUUUCCAAGGAUGAAGCCUUCAAGCCAUGAUUUUCCCAAGAAUUACUUUACUGAUAAAUGGCCUCAAAGCAUUCAAUCCAAGCAAAAGUGAAAGCAGUUAUAAAGUGCAUGUUGAAACUCUGGACUUGUUUUUUUUUGGGUUGGUGACACAUAUUUAAAACAUGAUUUGACAUUCAAUUUAUGUUUAGUAUUUUUGUAAUUUCCUUUAUUUCUUUUGAAUAAAUCAAAAAGUAAUUUUAAGAAUCUAGAAUUUAUUUGCUUGAUGGAAUAUAUUUGAAAUGUAAAUUUGGUUUUAAUCAAUCAAUUAGGAAUUUCAAUCAAAUUUACUUUUAAUUCUGAUCCUUGAUGACUGAUGACUGACAUCCAUGAUGGAUGGAUGUGACAAAAAAAGUUGAGUCGUUCAUCCCUUAAUUCUUAAACUAGAUUUUAUGAAUGUGAUUUUUUUAGAAAAAAGGUUAACAUGACCCAUUGUCAUUGUUAAUUGUUUUUAUAUAUAAACUUCUAUAAGAAGGUUUAACAUAAGCAAAUUCUUACUUAAACAGUGGUUCAAUAGACUGAAAUAGAAACAAAUCACGUGAUUCAUUUCUAUUCAUAUAUCAACUUAACUAUUCCAUUAGCUAACAUUAUUUUUAAGCUGCAUCAGUUAAUGUGUACAUAAGCUAUGGCAGUUUGGCUCAUAAAUAUACAUUUGUUAUCACUCGGCAUUCGAGUACUUGAACAAUAAUUUCUACGGUUAUGGUCAAAAAUAAAACGAGACCAAUGUUAGUGCUGAUUGAAAACCUACAUCGGACUGCUGUAAAAGUUUGACAAUGCAAUAGAUUGAGCUUAUAUUGUGUGCAAUAAUUUUCAUGACAAAGACAGCUGUUGCCAUACCAGCAAACUAUUGUGGCUAAAACACAGUGCUCGAUCUUUUGGCCUUCUUCAGAAUGUCACACUUCUUCCGAUUGGGGCGCCGGCAUCGUUCAUCGAUGCUGGGCACGCAUUCAUAGUGCCACACCUCCUCCAUCUUUUCCACAGGGUACACCGCCUCCACGUAGUGGCGGAUCAGCCGGAGGCGCACGGGGUCCAGCUGCUUCUUGUUGCACGCCCCCGAGUGGUUAUACUGAAGCCGCAGGUUCUCCUGCGUGAAGAGUUCGGGGAAGAGACGCACUAAGAGGCGGGCGGCAAAGUUCCCCACGGAGAGACUCUGCUGCACGACUUCACGCACCUCAGUGUCCGAGAGCAGGUAGGCCGAAGGCACGGGGAAGUCGGGUACGGUUACCGAGAGUUCGUCCAGCGGUAUCUUACAAAAGUCUUUGCUGCUCUUCUCGGGCGGCGCGGCGGGGGUCUGUGUGCAGUCUGUGUCCUCCCUAAGAGCGUCGCCGUUGAACUGGUUCAGCUGACAGU